CAAAAACAAUAAAAACAAAAAAAAAAAAAAAAAAAAGCUAGUAUAAAUAAGACAAAAUCAAAGAGAAUAAAAAUGGUGGGUUUGCGCAGAGCAAAGACGGUACUUCUUGUAUUAGUAGUGGUUAUUUCCAACACAAUAGCAACCGGGGCACCCCUUGAUCCAGGACCCAAAGGAAGCGGCGCAGCUGCACCGCUUGGCGCUACGGUUCCCGGAGGAGGCAAUGCAGCUGCACCGGUUGGAGCUACAGCACCAGCAGCAGCCGCAGGAGGCCUUGCAGCUGCACCAGCAGGAGCCGCAGGAGCCGCAGGAUCACUUGACGUUAAAGCAGCAGGAGCCAAAGGAGACGGAACAACCGAUGACACUGCGGCAUUUACGGCUGUGUGGAAAACAGCAUGUGAAGCACCAGGACCGAGCACGAUUACAGUGCCAAAGGGUGACUAUUUGGUGAGUUCUUAGGUCCAUGCAAGGGUCCCGUCACUUUCGAAAUGAGUGGCAAUAUGAAAGCUCCAGCUACGGUCGCUGCCGUUAAGCCUAACUCUGGAUGGGUUGAUUUUACUAAUCUUGCUGAUUUCACUUUGAACGGAAACGGAGCCAUUUUCGACGGUCAAGGCUCACUCGCCUGGAAGGCCAAUGACUGCGCCAAAACUGGAAAGUGCAACUCUCUCCCCAUUAACAUACGAUUCACGGGUCUAACAAACUCGAAAAUUAUCGGCAUAACAUCAACGAACAGCAAACUUUUCCACAUGAACGUUCUCAACUGCAAGAACGUAACUCUUGAGAAUAUUGGUAUUGAUGCACCUCCGGAGAGUCUCAACACCGAUGGUAUCCACAUCGGAAGGUCCAUUGGCGUGAACUUAAUAGGGGCAAAGGUUAAAACCGGAGAUGACUGCGUUUCCAUAGGAGAUGGUACUGAAAAUCUCAUUGUUGAGAAUGUGGAAUGUGGACCAGGACACGGCAUUGCUGUAGGAAGUCUUGGAAGGUACCCUAAUGAGCAACCAGUCAGAGGAGUCACCGUGAGGAAAUGCCUCAUCAAGAACACCAGUAAUGGUGUUCGCAUCAAGACAUGGCCUGGAUCUCCCCCCGGUAUCGCCUCCAACAUUAUUUUUGAGGAUAUCACAAUGGACAAUGUUAGCACUCCUGUUCUCAUCGACCAAGAGUACUGUCCGUACACUACAAGAAAACAUCAAGGAUUCUGAGGGAAAAAAUUGUCGGAAUUUCGUCGGAAUAUCGUUAUUCCGACGACAUACCGACGAAACACGUCGUCG